UUUAGAAAUGAUAAACUACACUUAGAAAAUGGAUUUAAUUGGAAAUCAAGUAGAGGACCAUCAAUCCUUUCUUUAUAAGCAUGAACAGCUGUUUGCGGAUAGCUUUCCACUGUUUAAGGAGAUUAGGAGACUAGGAAAGCUGUGUGACGUCAUAUUAAAGGUUGAGGAACAGACCUUUGCUGCUCAUCGAGUUGUGCUGGCGGCCACUAUACCAUACUUCUAUGCCAUGUUCACGAAUAACAUGGCCGAAAGUCGUAUAAAAGAAAUAACUAUGAAAGAGAUUGAGCCUAGAGCCCUGGAAAGCCUAAUAAAUUAUGUGUACAGUGGACAUGUGCUUAUUGAUAACCAUAAUGUCCAAGGUCUAAUGGUUGGCGCAUCCUUUCUUCAGCUAUCCGAUGUUCGCGAUGCUUGCGCUGGAUUUUUAAUUUCUCGUUUCCACCCUCAUAACGUCCUAGGAAUUCGGUCGUUUGCAGAUUCAAUGAGCUGCCGACAGUUGAUUGUUGCCGCUGAUCAGUAUAUUGAUCAGAAUUUUGCCAAAAUAUCACAGUCAGAGGAGUUUCUGGCGCUUCAAUGUGAGCAUUUGCUUGAUUUAAUUCAUCGUGAUGAGCUUAAUGUGCGCACAGAGGAGGUAAUAUUUGAGGGUUGUAUGCGGUGGGUCAAAUACGCUGAAGAGAAAAGGUCGAAGCUUUUUCCACAAGUUCUGGCCGCAGUUAGACUACCGCUAUUGUCACCCCAAUUUUUGGCAGACCGCGUAGCCCGCGAAGAACUAAUACGCUCGUCUCACCAAUGUAGAGAUCUGUUGGACGAAGCCAAGGAUUUUCAUCUUAUGCCCGAACGUCGAGGGUUACUACAAAGCUUCCGAACGCGUCAACGUUGCCGAGAACUUUUUACAGGCCAAAUAUACGCUGUUGGAGGAUUAGCCAGCACUGGUGAAUCGGUGAGCACAGUAGAGAUUUAUGAUCCGAUUGCCAAAAAAUGGAAUAUGGGCGAGCAGAUGUCAAUGAUGCGCUCUCGUGUUGGUGUGGCUGUGUUAGAUGGCAAGCUAUAUGCCUUUGGCGGCUUUAAUGGCACCGAACGCUUGUCCACUGUUGAGGUGUAUGAUCCGCGCAAAAACAAAUGGUCGCAAGGCUGUGCUAUGUUGUGCAAGCGAAGUGCCGUGGGAGUGGCUGCUUUAGAUGAUAGUAUUUAUGUUUGCGGAGGCUAUGAUGGCGUUACAUCGCUUAACACUGUUGAGGUUUAUUACCCUAAGACAAACACGUGGAAAACGGUAGCACAGAUGAUGAAAUAUCGCUCAGCGGGUGGUGUAACUCAACUCAACGGAUAUGUUUAUGCAUUGGGUGGACACGAUGGUUUGUCCAUAUUUGACUCUGUUGAGCGUUACGACCAGAAUGAGGAUGUCUGGGUCAAAAUGUCGCCCAUGCUAAAUCGGCGCUGCCGCUUGGGCGUAGCAACAUUAAAUGGAAAAAUCUAUGUUUGUGGCGGUUACUGCGGAAACUCAUUUUUGAGAUCUGUUGAAUGCUAUGACCCGUUAACAGACACCUGGAAGCUAGUGACUCCCAUGAAUUGCAAAAGAUCCCGCGUUGCGUUAGCUGCAAAUAUGGGAAAGCUGUGGGCGAUUGGCGGAUAUGACGGGGAAUCAAAUCUAUCUACAGUUGAGGUAUAUGAUCCAGAGAUAGAUAAGUGGACAUUCAUGCCGCCUAUGUGCGCUCACAGCGGUGGCGUAGGUGCCGGUGUCAUUCGCUUUGAAUAGCUUUUAGGUCUACUAAAUAAUUUAUAUAGAAAAUUCCAUAACCUUUUGCUAGAACCACUAAGCAUACAACAAUGCUUAGUGCUAGAACUAAGUUAGUAUAUGUAAGUAUUAUGUGCGUGUUAUCUAAUUUAGAAGUAAAUCGUUUUGUAUCUUUUAAGCUUUAUGCUAAUAUGUAUUAUAUGUUUGUAA